ACUCAUUCAAACGCAGAAUACAUCCGCGAAACCUUCGAAAGUUUAAGGUUCGAAGUUCAUAUUCACUACGACCUAACAAAUAGCGAAUUCGAAAAGGAAUUACUAAAGUACCAGAUGAUGGACCACAGCUCGUACGGAGCUUUCGCCUGCUGCAUCUCGAGUCACGGACGUUACGGAAACAUCAUCACCAAAGACGGCCUGAUGCCCAUCCUAAAAAUGACCGACUUCUUUUCAGAAUCUGCAUGCCCAACUCUUAAAGAAAAACCAAAAAUGUUCUUCGUACAGUGCUGUCAG